CCUGAAAACAAAACUCAAGCAAAACAGUCCAUGAAAGCAACAAAAGGGAAACCCUGAAACACUUCUGCAGCCCGGCUGCCCCAACCGCUUCUGCCACAGCGAUUUCACAUCCCCCACCCAGCCACAUUGGCCCGCAGCCAGCCUGACCUGCAACUGGGACACCCUGGCACCCCGACAGCAGUGCUGGGAAAAAUGCAUGCUGCCCCUGCCUGCAGCAUGUGGGCACGCCUCGCCUGGCUCCACAGAAGACUGAAGAAAAAAGGCAAACAGAACGCAAAACUGAAAACGGAAACAGGGGAAUUCUCUCUGGAUGAUGAUGAAAGGAAAGAUGCUGCACACCGCAUAAAGCCCGACACACAGCAGCACCCCGAGCACUGCCACCACCUGCACCACCACCCAGCCCCAACAGGCUCCUGCCCAGCACAACCCAAGCCCCACCAUGCCUGGGCCCACAGCCCUACCACCAACAGGCAUCUACAGCGCCCUGGCGCUCCUGCUCCUCCUCACGCCUCCCGCCAACGCCUUCUCCUGCAGCCCCCUGCGCCUCCACGACAGCGCCUUCCCCUGGGACAGCCUCCAGCUCCUCCGCGACAUGGCUCCCAGCCCCACACAGCCCUGCCCGCAGCAACACGCGCCUUGCUCCUUCCCGGACACCCUCCUGGACACCAACAACACACAGCAAGCCGCACACACCGCCCUCCACCUCCUCCAACACCUCUUCGACACCCUCAGCAGCCCCAGCACCCCCGCACACUGGCUCCACACCACACACCAUGACCUCCUCAACCAGCUCCAGCACCACAUCCACCACCUCGAGCGCUGCUUCCCAGCCGAUGCCACGCGCUUCCACAGGCGAGGGCCCCGCAACCUUCACCUCAGCAUCAACAAGUACUUCGGCUGCAUCCAACACUUCCUCCAGAACCACACCUACAGCCCCUGCGCCUGGGACCACGUCCGCCUCGAGGCUCACGCCUGCUUCCAGCGCAUCCACCGCCUCACCCGCACCAUGCGCUAAGAGGAGCCCCACACACGCACCUCCCUCCCUCCCCCCCCCCCUAUUUAUCUAUUUAUUCAACUAUUUAUUGCAAACAAAUAAACUUCACCUUUUGUAGAAACUUUGACAGUGGCUCUUGUCUCACCAGCACAGAACCUCCUGCGGGGGCAGCCCACCUCCACACACAACCACCGCACCGAGCCCCACACAGGGACACAAACACGGGGCCAUCUCCCCUUCCCUCCCUCCCUCAUGGCAGUCAGGGCUGCCAGUAUAGGGCAGGGGGAACAGAAGGCUGCUCCAGCGUGCUGGGGGUCAGCCCCAAAUCCUCAUAUCCCCAGGGCCUCCACAGGUGCUCCACACUCAGGCAGCACCAAAGGAAAAGACGUGCCACCCUUACUCAGCGUUCAGCUGGACGUGCUGGAGAUGUGGCACAGCACCUUCCUGCACACCAUGUCCCCGUGCUGCUUGCUGCACCGCUCGGACCUGCGGGUCACCCACUGAAGGGCCAAAGGCCAUACACAAAUAUGUAUGUACUAUCUUGACUUCAGAUACCGCCUUUAUAUGCAUGCA